AUGUUAUUUGAAGAGAGUAUAGCAACAGUGGCAGGAUUGUUGGAAAAAGCCAGGCUCUAUGUAACGCGGAAACCCUUGCCAUCUCUGGAAGAAAGAAAGAAAUAUGAUUAUGAAUUUGCAACUUCCACUUCAUUCCAUGGGGUGCACAAUAUUGCCCGGACCAAGAGCAAAACACGUAUGGUGCUGUGGGUGUUGGUAGUUAUUGGCUCCAUUGUUCUUGUUGCCUGGCAAAUCUGCAACCGCAUCAUCUAUUACUUCAGCUGGCCUACCACAACAUCCGUUGUUGUUCAGUAUGUAGAAAAGAUUGAAUUUCCUGCUGUAACCUUUUGUAAUCUGAACAGAUUCCAAACCCAAGCAGUAGCUAAUCUGAGCAUCAUUUUCUUCCUCUGGAGCAUAGUGUCUGGAGUUCUUCAUAUGUUUGAUAUGAGUGACAAAUUUGGUCCAGAGAUAAGCGAUUUCCUCCAGGGGAAUCAAAAUUUCAGCAUCAAAGAAUUUACAAGAAAUAAUGGUUUCUAUCUCAACAACAGUACUUUGCUUGAAUGUGAAUAUUUUGGGAAGCCAUGUUACCCAGAGGACUUCAAGCAUGUCUUCACGGAAUAUGGGAACUGCUUUACUUAUAAUCAUAUUAACAUUCCAGAAAAAAGAAGAGUGAGUGUCUCUGGAAGGGGCUUGAAAUUGCUGUUCGAUGUCAAACAGGCACAGUUCACUGAUGACCCUUCUCUUGGUUUUGUUGAUGCCGGCAUAACCUUUGCUAUCCAUUCACCUAAAGAACCUCCCCGUUUUGAUGGUUUAGGAAUAUUCACCCCAGUAGGGAUGCAUGCUCAUGCGGCAAUCCGCCAGCUGAAGACAAUUAUCCAAGAAUACCCUUGGGGAGAAUGCAAUCCAAACAUCAAGCUUCAGCACCACAUGAUCUACAGCACGUAUGGAUGUCUACAAGAAUGCAAGGCUCGACAUAUACAAAAAAAGUGUGGGUGCUUGCCAUUCAUGCUACCAGGAAAUGGAACAGAAUGUGACAUGGAAAGAUUUUACAACUGUGUUUCUCCUACACUGUAUAACAUAGAACUCAUGGGAUUGUGCACAGGAGGAACACAUAAUUCUACUUGUCCAGUGCCUUGUGAAGAAACAGAUUACCCAACCUCUAUCUCCUAUUCAACUUUUGCAAGUGAAAAGGCUUUGAAAUUUCUUUCCACAAAGUUGAAGAAAAAUCCGGAGUAUAUCAGGCAUAACCUUGUAUAUAUUGACAUUAAAUAUCAUGAUCUGAAUUACAAAGUGACUCAGCAGCAGAAGGCCCUGAGUGUAUCUGAGUUGCUUGCUGAUGUUGGUGGUCAACUUGGAUUAUUUUGUGGAGCCAGUAUGAUUACAAUCAUAGAGAUUGUUGAAUACAUCUUCACCAAUUUUUGUUGGAUGUGUGUCUUUCUUCUACUAAAAGCCCCAGAAAUGCCCAGCUGGGAUACUUCAGAUCAGAAUAAACAACCAAACAACAAUAACCACAGAAUACAAGAAUGUUAA